AAGCUUCUAUUAUUCGACAUUCUCAAAGCCAACGCUAGAUGCUAUUCCAGAGGUUGCUAUGUGGUUGCAAAGCCGGGCUACAAUUAUAUGUGCCCCCCUUACAACCUACAGUGCAGAUGAGGUUGACAGCGCUGACAGUGCUGACGGGGCUGACGGGGCUGACGGCUCUGACGAUGCUGUAGAUGACUUCCUUUCCGUCGCAUCGUCAUUGGAAUUACCGAUCUUGCACAACGAGGAAGACUAUGAUAGUGAUGAUAUUGAGAUCAUCACUAACACGCAGAUUGAUGCUACAAUGCAGUCUCUUUCAAAUCUUCAACAACGGGCAAAUGAGGAAGAAAAUAGAGCUCAAAGUCAGCAGCAAAUACACACAGAGAGCUAUGGGGGGUUUGGUUACGAACGCAUGCGUAAUACCUAUUCAGAUGACGAAGAGGCUGAGCCCUCUAUUAUUGUAGGAGGCCGGCAAAUUCGGGUCCCAAAGGUACGGCAGCGGGGCUAGGGUCAGGGUUCAAUCAGCC